GAAAGUUCGUAGCGAUGAAAAAUGCGCUAAUUGCGUUCCUUACAUUACUAUUUGCUUUUUCGAUGCUUAUCGCGGUAGUAUUGCUGGUCAGAUCGCAUACAAAAGAUUCGAAUGAUGCGAUGAAGACGGAAGCAAGCGAAACGGAAUCAGGCGAGAUGGAAUCAGGCGAGAUGGGAUCGAACGGGACGGAAUUCGGCGAGAUAGAAUCAAACGCAGACGAUUCAUUGGAUGCGAACAACAAUAAUCUCGACUGCCCUGAAGUAGCAUCGAAUAACACUUCCGCAAAUGGCGGAUUCAUCCCCCAUUUUUUUCUGAGGCAUACCGUUGAUACAAUGCCACCUGCACAGCGAGAAAUACUCCCGUCGAUUCCAUUGAGAAGGCGCGGAAUGACGCAGGACAGAUUAAUCUCUCAGAUUCCUCCGAGCGAUGGUGAACUCAUCAGUGAUACAAUGAUAGUGCCGUCGAAUUCAUUGAGAAAUCGCGGAAUGACGCCUCAGUUCUUCUUGAAUUAUAGGCACAUCAAUAAUGGAACGCUGCCCAAAUUAGGAAGGAAACUGUCGUCGGUUCAACUUAGACAACACGGAAUGGCACGGAACUGA